GUGAGGGUGGGGCAUUUGUGAUUAGCCCAGAGUUGAUCCUUUAGGAGCAGAUGGUGAAUGGUGGCUUACUUAGAUGCCUUGAAUCCAAGGCCUUAACGUUUAUUCACACCGAAGAACCGUUACAUCCAAACGGAGAAACAAAAGGCUCAUGACUGCAGGUAGACAGCUUGGGAUCAAAACGGGACAAGAUGUUGGUGAGGAGCGUUGUGGUUCUGCUGGUGCUCUGCGUGCAGCAUCUACAUGGCUCUGCUCUUCCAGCUGUUUCAUCCUAUGAGUUCACCGCUUACAGGAUGCAGCAGUACAACUUAGGACAGCAGAAGCAUGGUUGCCGUGGCGCCAUAGUUGUUGCCGAGGCCCGUUCUGCAGAUGAACCUUCACUGACUCGCCGCUGCAUCAUCAUGAAGGUGGAAGACUUCUCUGCAGAAAAAUAUAUUGAGGCCCAGAGACAAAACGCUGCCGCCGUGCUGAUCCUGCUGCCCAAAAAUAUCUCAAGCCUUUCUCACAACACAGUGCAGACCUUCAUGAUGAGUGAAAGUGAAGCUUUGCAGAAAGAGACCCUGAUUCCCGUGUAUGUAGCCCCUGAGGAUGAACAGCUGCUUUACAUGUACGAGGAGGUCAAGCAGGCUGCCGCCACCAGAACCUCCUCCAUAUUUGUUAGAGUUCUUCGGAGUAUUGUCACAGCAACAGCUUUUCAAAUUUUAGUGAGCAACAAUGCUGCCAUCAAAGCCACCACUGACAAUGCAAUCGUCACGCUGGAGGGUGUGCUCCCUGGAGCAGGAGAGGAUGCACCCACCAUCGUCAUCACUGCCCACUAUGACUCUUAUGGGCUGGCUCCAUGGCUGUCAUUUGGGGCAGACUCUAACGGGAGCGGUGUUACCAUUUUGCUGGAGCUCGCUCGGCUUUUUCAGAAACUCUACAGCAGCUCCAGCACUAGACCGCAAUAUAAUUUGAUGUUUUCCUUGACCGGAGGAGGAAAGUACAACUUCCUCGGCACCAAAAGAUGGAUUGAAGAGAAUCUAGAUCAUGCUGAGUCCAGUCUGCUUCAUGACAAUGUGGCAUUCGUUUUGUGCUUGGAUACCCUGGGUAAGAGUGAUGAACUGUUCGUGCACGUGUCCCGUCCUCCUAAGCCUGACACUCCUGCGUACUCUUUCAUUCAACAGCUGGAGGAGGUGAUUUCUUCUAGAUUUUCCUGGGUGAAGGUGGGAUUGGUUCACAAGAAGAUAAAUCUCGUUGAGUCAACAGUUGCCUGGGAGCAUGAGCGCUAUAGCCUCCGAAGGAUCCCGGGCUUCACCGUAUCUCACCUGGAAGAUCCCAAAUCAGCGCUCCGAGGCUCUAUACUUGACACAAUGUCACAAGUGGAUUUCAGGAAACUGAAGCGAAAUGGCAUCAUCCUCGCAGAAACACUGGCACGUUUUAUGUACAAUCUCACUGACAAGGGUUCACCAAAGGAUGUGCAGGUUUUUAAAAGCCAGCUGGACUUCCAGGACAGUCGUUUGUCUAGUUUGAUGUCCUUCCUGACAUCGGUCCCUCGGGCCACCCAGCUGCUGGACAAGGAGCCCAGACAAAUUCUGCUGGUCAACUCGCUGGAGCAUGAGUUCAAACGUUACCUACAGCAGGUCCACAGGCACACGUUUCGACAGGACAAAAGGGACCCUGAUCUCAGCUUCUUUGAUCAAAUGAACCAACCGAUUGUGAUGUACAGGGUGAAGCCGGCAGCUUUUGAUCUGUUCCUGGGUGGAUGUAUCGCAGCGUAUUUGGGGAUUGUUUAUUAUUCAAUCCAGAAUUUUGGUCAUCUCUACAUCAAAUUGAAAGCCGCAGUGAAAUGCAAGCACCAGUAAAAGCUUUAAUCUACAGAGAUGAGAUCUUUAACGUCUGAUCUGCAGCACAUAAAAGUAAAUCAGCAUGAAUCCUCCACAUCCUGUGAAGGUUUCUCUUUGAAUUGCAUAUGAUUCUACCACUCUCAUCUAAUACUCUGCACUGGAAAUAUCAUUUGUACAAGCAAUUAAAAAAGAACAAAUAAAGAA